UGGGAUUGGGGAGGAAAAUGAUGGAGUCUUGAUACGCUGAGUUUGUGUGUGGACAAGAAAUCAGCAAAGGAAUUUUCUCCUCUCGACCGGGAGAACCACCGCUGCUGCUUGCCUUCAAACUCCUCAGUGCGGUCGUCGCCGGUAUACGUCGGAGUGCCCUAAGGAUUUCGGUUAAGCUGGCGCUCUUUGCCCUGGGAUAGCCUGUCUGGCUAAGGUUAGCCUAGUCUGCUAACGGAGCUCUAUGGGGAUAUCCAUCCGGAGCGGCUCUUUAGCUCGCUAGCGGCUGAAUGCAGCCACGCGCCUCCCGCCGCACCGGGCGCAUUCAGCCGCUACUGCUGCUUCAUUAUUGACCGGGUUUAUUGACACAUGGAAAUGAGGAAUAUUGGAUUACCAUGCACUGCUUGCGUUUAUUUUGAGGGAUUUGCUGUACGGAAUGAGCUCUGUGAAUGUUGUCAGUCACUCCGGCAGAUUUAAUAAGUCAUGCCAUCAUGCUGAUCUGAGAUCAUCCAUGCUAAUGUUUUGAUGGCAAAGGAUCUAGGUGUUUUUUUUUCCUUUUCUCUACCUGAUUUUAAAACCCCUUAAACAUCAAUGAACACUCACAAGGCGAUUUCGAAAGGAUACUUUUGAGAACUUUUCCAAGGAAAGGAUUUGUGAGGAGGUGGCAUCAGCGAAUACGACAGUGUUUUAAACAAACUGUCAGCUCUUUAAAAAGGAAAAACCAUGGCUUCGGUGUGGAAAAGACUGCAGCGUGUUGGGAAACAUGCUUCCAAAUUCCAGUUCGUUGCCUCUUACCAGGAACUCAUGGUGGAAUGCACAAAGAAAUGGCAACCGGACAAGUUAGUUGUAGUUUGGACUCGCAGGAGCCGAAGGAAAUCUUCCAAGUCUCACAGCUGGCAGCCUGGCAUCAAGAAUCCCUAUAGAGGAGUGGUGGUGUGGCCUGUUCCAGAGAACAUCGAGAUCACGGUCACUUUAUUUAAGGAUCCUCACGCUGAGGAGUUUGAAGACAAAGAGUGGACCUUUGUCAUUGAAAAUGAGUCCCCAUCAGGCCGUCGGAAAGCGCUGGCCACUAGCUGCAUUAACAUGAAACAGUAUGCCAGUGCUAUGCCCACACAGACCGACGUCAAGCUCAAGUUCAAGCCUCUGUCCAAGAAAGUGGUUUCAGCAACACUCCAGUUCUCCCUGUCCUGCAUCUUCCUGCGAGAGGGCAAAGCCACUGAUGAAGAUAUGCAGAGUCUGGCCAGUCUGAUGAGCAUGAAGCAGGCUGACAUCGGCAACCUGGAUGAUUUUGAGGAGGAGAAUGAGGAAGAUGAGGAGAACAGAGUCAAUCAGGAGGAGAAAGCAGCCAAAAUUACAGAGAUUGUGAGGCAGCUGAAUGCUCUCAGCUCUAUAGAUGGAGAUCCAGAUGACUGCCUAAAGCAAGCAAAUAAACCUGCCUCCUCUUCUGAAGAGCUGAUCAGUAAGUUGAACUUUCUGGAUCAGGAGGACCAGGACCAGAGCAACAUGAGCUGUAACCCCUUCGAUGAACCUAAUGACCCGGUUGACCUUAACCCUUUUGGUGACCCGGAUGAGGACGAAUCAUCUCCUCAGCCCCAUGUGCAACCCGCUAUCAAAGGUCAAGAGGAGCCUGAUUGUCCCUUCAACCCAUUUGAAGAGGCUGACACAGAGCCGGAUACUUCUCAGUACGAGAACCCAUUUGAUGAACCUGAACCCGAGCCUGAACCCCAGCCUAAAGUAUCUCCACCCAGAUGCAGCAAGAGGAAGAACGUCCGGCCGGUGGAUAUGAGCAAAUACCUGUACGCAAACACAACCCGGACAGAGGAGGAGGAGCUAGACGAAUCGAACCCUUUCUAUGAGCCCAGACUGUCUGGAGCAGACAGUAGCACCUUAGAGAAGAGCAUGAAACGCCGGGCCCCUCAGCCUCCCAGUGCUGGACCAAACCCUUCUGUGACCCCUGGACCAACACCUAUACCAAAGACUUCAUCUCCUGAAGGAACAUCCACUCCACCAGCACUGGCUCCUUCAGUUUUGACAGCUGUGAUAGGGAGAGAGUUGGCCUCAUCCUCACCCAAGCCUAGUCCAAUUCCUAGUCCUGUUCUUGGUGGAAGGCCGAACGCAUGUCAGUCCUUAUUGGCCUGGUGUCGAGAAGUCACAAAAGACUACAGAGGCGUCAGAAUCACCAACUUCACCACUUCCUGGAGGAAUGGACUGGCAUUCUGCGCCCUUUUACAUCACUUCAGACCCGAACAAAUUGACUACAAGGCUCUCAAUCCUCAAGAUAUUAAAGAAAACAACAAAAAGGCCUAUGAUGGUUUUGCCAGCCUGGGAAUCUCUCGGCUUCUCGAGCCGUCAGACAUGGUUCUACUGGCGAUCCCGGACAAGCUAACAGUGAUGACGUACCUGUAUCAGAUCAGGGCUCAUUUCAGUGGCGAGGAGCUGAACGUGGUGCAGAUCGAGGCUAACAGCAGUCGCAGCACAUAUAAAGUUGGAGACUUCGAAACGGACACAAACAGCUCCAUCGACCAAGACAAGUUCUACGCUGAACUCAACGAUAUCCACCGCGAGCCCACCAAUGAAGAUGCUGCAGCAACCAACGGUGGCUCUGAUGGAAAUGAAAAACAGGAAGUCAAGUCAGUCGCGACAGCUGGAGGAUCUGGUUCUCUCUCCGCCUCCCCGGGGGAACUUUUAAAAGAAGUAGCUCCAUCUUUACGGUCAUCCACGGCAGACUCGCCAGCAGCUCCGGUAGUCACAGAGCUUCCCCAACGACCCACCCAGACCACCAGAACCAGCCUGGAAACCAGUCAACCUCCUGCUGCAGAACAGAAGAAGCUCCUUAAGGCCGAUACACUGGACUUGGGCGACCUGCCUCAUAGGCUAGAGAAAGAAAAGGAGAAAUUUGAGGUCAAAGACUCCAGGGAGCAGCACGAGACCCCGCGUCCUGCCGAAAGGUCACCCAUGUGGCAGACUGGGUCUUCACUAACUAACACACACAAACUGGGUUUCACGUAUAACAGAGACUCUGAUCUGAUCAAGAAGAAGAGAGCCAGUUUGCGUCACUCUGAAUCUGACAGCACCUCAGACAGCAGCACUCAGACCAACCACACACAUAUACCAGCUAAACGCACACAGGAAGUUGUAUCUGCCCCAGUGUCUAACACCAGCGAGGAGAAGAAGGUGUUGUCCCGUCAGGAGGAGCUAAAGGAGAGGGCCAGGCUGCUUCUGGAACAGGCCCGCAGAGAUGCCGCCAUGAAGGCUGGGAACAAAAGCACCAACAUUGCACAGUCGCCCACAAACACUCCGCAGAUUAUUGAUGAGCGUGAUGAAGAACGGCGCAGGCAGCUGCGAGAGAGAGCCAGGCAGCUGAUAGCGGAGGCUCGAUCUGGAGUAAAGAUGGCUGAACUGCCUCUCUAUACUGACUCCACCUCUAUUGCCUGUAGUGCAGCUGGGAACAACUUAAAAGGAAGGUCAAAGACAGCUGGAGAUGUUGUGGAUGGGGUGAGUGUAGAGGAUGAGGAAGUCAGGAGUGAUAUUGAGGCGACGGCAUCUGCAUCUCGCGUUGAUGAUGUCACUCAUACUAACCCCGAGGAGGAGCUGUCAUCCUUGUGUCUAAUGGAGGAUGACUUUACUAACUCUGCCACUGACCUGGCCUCUCUGGGUGUGACGAACAGCAGGCAUGUGGACCUGAAGCUCAAGAAGAUCACAGAGAUUCGGCCACAUGGUGGCAGCUCUCCUUCCUCUUCAUCCUCUUCUUCAUCACUGACAGCCUCUAGUACUUCACCCCUCAGUCCUGAAUCAGGCGGCCUGCAGAAUAAUGUAGAUGAAUUACAUGCGGAGCGUCUCCGGAGGGCCACUGAGCGCCUGCGCAGUCCCGUUGUCUUCCACAAGGAGUCUGCUGUCAGGAAAACACAGCUCAAAUCCUUCAGCCAAUAUGUGGAGACCAGGCCAGAGGUGAAAAGGCAGAGAUCUGUGCCUGAAGCGGCCGAGGAGAGAGGAGCUCUGACAGAGGCGGACGGACGAAAGCCAACUGAAGAUGAACAGAAAGCGUUCAAAGACACCAGUCAGUACGUGGUGGGAGAACUGGCGGCGCUGGAGAGCGAGCAGAGGCAGAUCGACACGCGGGCCUCGCGCGUGGAGAAGCGUCUGCGCUAUCUCAUGGACACAGGGAAUAAUAAGGAAGAAGAGGAGUCCAUGAUGCAGGAAUGGUUCACGCUGGUCAACAAGAAGAACGCUCUGAUCCGCCGGCAGAACCAGCUCUCUCUGCUGGAGAAGGAACACGAUCUGGAGAGACGCUUUGAGCUGCUGAACCGAGAAUUAAGGGCAAUGCUGGCGAUUGAAGACUGGCAGAAGACAGAGGCCCAGAAGAGACGAGAGCAGCUGCUGCUGGAUGAGCUGGUCAUUCUGGUCAACAAACGCGAUGCGCUAGUCCGAGACCUGGACGCCCAGGAGAAAGAGGCUGAAGAGGAAGACGAACACCUGGAGAGAACCCUGGAACAGAACAAAGGCAAGAUGGCAAAGAAAGAGGAGAAGUGCGUCCUUCAGUGACAGUCAUUCCCAAGCAGAAGAAGAGCGAGAUGACGUGUACACUACAAAGUCUUGAAAUGUAUUGGUGUCAUAGAGACCACAGCAUACACUUUAUUAUUUUUCUUUUAAAUCUUAUGUAGAUCUCUUUUGUUAUGGCUAAGGGCUGGAGAACUGCUAAACGCCCUGAGAUGCAUCCUGUUUCCCAGAUUGAUCGUUUUCGCAUACAAAAAUGUUGUUGCUAUUGUUAGAUUUGGUUUGUUUGUUUCACAGACAAGGUACUUAAGGAGCUAAAACUUCAGGAGAUGCAAAGAAAACUUUCUGACUCAAUGGUGAAAUGUGUUGUAAUUCAGAUGGAUCUGAACACAAGACAUUCACAGCCUUCGGAAUGUAUUUCUCUUUUUUUUCUUGCAGGAAAUUAUAACUCCCUUUCGGUACAGCACAUAAACUGGGGACAUUUUCUGUUUGUGAAUAGGAUUGGGUUUCAAAAUCAUAUCACAUUUCGCUUUUAGGAAAAUCUAUCAACAUGUUCUCUAACAAGAGCUGAAAUGUUUGAAAUGCUCAACUUUCUACAUAUUCGAGAAGGGGACUUGUUGCUUUUAGAAAAUGUGUUUUACUGGCUUUUUAUGUUUAAUAUGUUUACCAAACAUUUUACAGCUUGCAUUAGUGAGACGAGUGAAAUACUGCGAGUGCUUAUACUGAAAUAAUCGGUCAUGUUGUACAUUUCACUGUCUGAGGCUUAAACAACUUUCUUUUCAGUCACGAUCAGAAUAAUUUAUUACUGUUUGCUUUUAUUACUGUUUGAGACGUUUUUUUAAAGUAACCAUCUUCACAAUCCUGUACAUUUUGCUCAUGGACUUUGUUAAUAUUUAUUGUAUAGUUAGAAGGGAGGCUUUUCUUGUCGGCAUAUUUUCCGUUUUACGUCUUGAUUGUAUGAGCAUCACCGGUUUAUUUAUUCCACUGUACUAUAAGUUUCACUGUUCAAUAAAAAUCAAAUGAUUUCAUACUCUAACCAAACAGAAGUUCGUGUGCUUUUGAGUCUUGCUAAUAGAUGUGGCCUUGUGUUUC